AUGCCGCUUGGUCCCAUUGUCGUAGCCCCACAUGAGGAACACAACAUCACACUUCCUUCUGGUGAUGUAUUUCGUCUCAUUCUUUUUGGUGGAUGUGAUGGUGACUUGGUGCGGCGAGGGGAGAAACCGCCUCCGACACUAUUUUGUUUACAUGGCGCUGGAAUGAGCUCCUCCAAUUUCCACGUAUUGGCAACUCAUAUGACACAACAUGCCAAGUCGUCUGCUCAUGAGGAGUCACCUUAUGCCGUACGCGUUGUCACAUUUGACAUGCGAUGCCACGGAGACUCCACGCGACGCGGUGGUGAGGGGUCCCUAACGCUGCAAGUUCUCGUGGACGACUUCAGGGCGUUGUUAAGAACAGUGAAGGAGUCACUUUUUUCCGCCACACCGCACUUCUAUUUCGUCGGCCACUCCCUCGGUGGUUCUGUGCUGGUUCAUGGGUUGCGUGGUGAGGCGGAUUUGUUGCAGCUGGCCGCCGGCGUUGUGCUGCUUGACGUUGUGGAGGGUACCGCCCGCAUUUCACUUCAGCACAUGGAUAAGUUUCUGGAGAACCGACCACGACAGUUCCAUGAAGUAGCGGAGGCUACUCAAUGGUUUCUUCGGCAUGGUGGAAUGAAUAGCGCUGCAUCUGCUGCGGUGACGGUGCCGCAUUUGCUUCGGAAGGAGGGGGAUCAUUUUGUGUGGAAAUCGAACCUGGAGGCAAUGGCACCCGUAUGGCCUCAGUGGUUUGACGGACUGGACGAAUGUUUCGUGACACUUCCCUGCCCUAAGAUUCUUUGCUUAGCGAGCACAGAGAGGCUUGAUACGGCUCUUACUAUUGCACAGAUGCAAGGGAAAUUUCAACUUGAGGUGCUGGGCAACAGUUGUGGUCACUACGUUAUGGAUGACCAACCAUCGGCUGUGGCUGCGGUGUUGCAACGCUUUAUUCGGCGGAUAGAGACCCUGACAGAGAAAUUGAAAUGCAGCAUUCGUAAACCUGUCAAAUGA